UACCCUCCGCCUAAUCAUUUCACCGGAUUACUAAUUCGGCGAAGUCACACUCUGGAACCAUCGCUUGCCGGCACUAGAGCUCAUUGAAAUACAUAAAUAAUCGACAUCAGUUCCUCCCUCAGCCUGAUCGGAUGGAGAUGCUCGGCUAGAGACUAGAGUGCUCUUUCUUCUUAGAAUAGCAAGCUUACCCUAUCUAACUCGAAAAGGGCAACUCUUGAGAAUGGAGUCGAGGCCAGCCGACGACUCCAACUGCAGUUCACCACUCAAGAAGGAUCAAGACGAAUGCUCGGCAAGAAGCCAUCCCAUGGAAAUAGACCAGCAGCAUCAGCAAGACCAACAAGAACCAGCUGAUCACAAGAAUCAUGGUAGUUGCUGCCCACCGAAGGACAAUAUCACCCUAGAAGAAGCGCAAGCCCAACAAGCAGCUGAUAAUCAAAUAUUGAGAGAAAAGUUAACAAACCUCUUGACUUGUGUCAAGCACAUCGACCCAUCCUCAGCCCCAGCUUCUCCUCCGUUGCCACCGGCUUGUUCUCCUUCCGCCCAGGGCCUCGAGUCACACCUUCUCUACAAACCAAUCACUCUAGACUCAGGUUAUUCGCUCUGUUCAGCUUGUUACGAUUUUUAUCCUCACGAACUACCACCGGCAAGCCAGAAGCAUCUUCAACCAUCCCACCAACUCUCACCAGUCUUGACCCUUGAUGAUCAUCGCCAUCUAGCCCAGCCAAGUCCUACGGUGAAUUUUAUCCUCCAAAAGGUCGUCCAAAUCGCCAGGAACCUUCCGCCUAAACCAGCUGGCGAUUCUUCCAUCGGAGCCACCCUGCGGGCCGAAUUAGAAUGUCCACUCUGUUCCUUCGUCUUCGACUCCCCCGUCACAAUCUCAUGUGGCCAUACGUUCUGUCGUCCAUGCUUCCUUCGGGCACGGGAUCAUGCCGACCACUGUCCGGUAUGUCGACAGCCGUUCCUGAUGGGCCCUCAGGCCGUCCCAGGGGUCGACCUUUUGAUUGAUCGAAUCAUCGAGCAAUGUCUCGCUCCGUCAACCGGUACUGCCGGCCCGGCAUCGGCAGUCAAUCUCGAGGCCAAUCACACCAUCCCACUGAUGGUCUGCUCCAUCGGAUUCCCUGAGAUGCCGAUGUUCUUACAGAUUUUCGAACCCCGCUACAAGCUCUUGAUCCGGAGAAGUCUGUCGACAGACCGGAAGUUUGGCAUCGUCAUCCCGGCAUUCGACCAUCAGCCGUCGAGCGAAUUCGACCAUCAUUACUCGACCAUCAUCCGUCCAACGGCUGAUCAGAACUGCCUGCCGAAUUUGCCGGUCCAUCUCUUCGGGACCAUCGUCGAGAUCAGGAAAUAUGAGACUGCAGCCGAUGGAAGAAUGUUGAUCGAGGCCAGGGGCUGUGACCGGUUCAGAAUCGAGGGUCUCUUGGGCUCCCUGGAUGGUUACCUGGUCGCUAAGAUUCGCGUCUUUGGUGACAUGCCCGUCCAGGACGCUCGUCUGGAAGCUCAAGCCAAAGAACAUGCAUUAUACCACCAUCAUCAUCAUUCCUCAGAGUCAAAGCAUCACAGGUCAGAGCCCACAACCGAAAAAUUGAUGAACACCUGCAAAGAAUUCAUUGAAGUCUUACGAUCCGGUAGUUCUCCUUGGAUUCUUGAACGUCUCAAUGACACAUUCGGCCCCAUGCCCGACCAGCCCACCGAAUUCACCUAUUGGAUUGCGAUGGUCUUGCCGAUUUCGGACCAAUACAAGGCGGCCUUACUACCGAUCAUCAGCUAUCGAAGUCGGCUGAAGAUCCUGGUCCGUUGGAUCCGAGUCCUCAAAUCUCAAUGGAACAGUCAAGGCUGUCUGAUCACCUGAAUUUCUCCCCAAGUCUCUCCUCUCCAUCUCCCUUCACGCUACGUAUUUGUACUCCACCAGCAUCCAUUGUCAUCCUUCUCUCUUCUCUCUUGCAUAUCGCAUCAUCGCAUCGUUCUUAUCUGUCAAAAUUUGAC